AUGGCUUCUUCAUCUGGAUGGUUUCAUUCAAAUGAAUUUUCUCACAUUAAAUCAUCUAGUUCUUCAUCUUCAUCCUCAUCUUCAGAAGAGGAAGAACUUCUUUCUCUUCGUAUGGAGAAAGAAUCUCAAGAAAUGAUUAAUUUUAUCCCUGGGUUAAUUUUAGCAUCUGAGGAACAACCGCAUCAGCGACAAUAUAUAUAUCGUGAUCGUGAAGAGAGUCAUAACUUAUUAUGGAAAGAUUAUUUUGCUGAAAAUUGUACUUUUCCAUCAUCUUAUUUUCGCAGGCGUUUUAGGAUGCGCAGGGAGUUGUUUCUUCAUAUUCAGAACGAUAUUGAAAAGCAUAACAGAUACUUCAUCCGAAAGAGAGAUGGACGUGGUCGUCUUGGCUUCUCAUCUAUUCAAAAGAUAACUGCUGCACUUCGGAUUCUUGCUUAUGGAGCAUCCGCUGAUUACUGUGAUGAAUAUUUGAAGAUAGGGGAGGCCACUGCUAAUGAAACUUUAAGAGAGUUUUGUUCAUCGAUAAUCGAACUUUAUGAAGAACAGUACUUGCGGUCACCAAAUGCACAUGAUAUCCAUCGUCUCCUACAAGAAGGUGAAUCCCGAGGUUUUCCAGGUAUGCUUGGAUCUUUAGAUUGUAUGCACUGGCAAUGGAAAAAUUGGCACGGCACACACAGGGGUCACCACCACAAACCAACUUUAAUUUUAGAAGCAGUUGCAUCGCAUGAUACAUGGAUCUGGCAUUCUUUUUUUGGCAUGUCGGGUGGAAAUAAUGAUAUUAAUGUCUUGGAUCAUUCUCCACUGUUUGAUAAUAUCAUACAUGGUAGAAUGCCUCCAGUUAAUUAUACGGUGAACGGUCGUUCAUAUACGAUGGGUUAUUACUUAACUGAUGGUAUUUACCCCAAAUAUGCAACUCUUAUUCAAACCAUUGCUCAUCCCACCACUGCGAAAGAAAAAUUAUUUGCGGCAAAACAAGAAUCAGUUAGAAAAGACGUGGAGCGUGCAUUUGGUGCUCUACAAAUUAAAUGGGGUAUAACGCAAGGACCCGUUCGAUAUUGGUCAAAAGAGGAUAUAUGUAAUAUAAUGAAAACAUGCAUUAUACUCCAUAAUAUGAUUAUAGAAGAUGAACGUGGAACUGACCUCGAACCAUGGGCACCACUUCCAGAAGAGAAUUUCCGCCCCCUUCAAUAUGAACGAGAUCCAUCGAUUUUGGCAGCCUAUAUCUCAGCACGUCUUAGUCGGAUCCGCAAUCGACGAACCAAUGAAGAUUUGAGAUCUGAUUUAAUGAACCAUUUGUGGAAUAUCUACGGAGAAGAAGAUGUCUAA